AUUCAACACAAAACACUCCCUCUUGCUGUUAUGAUUAUUAUUGUCGUUCACCUCAUUACUCCUCUUAAUUAGUACUACUAACUAUAUCCAAAGAACCUUCUUCCCCAUCUUCAACGUGAACGACAUUCCAAAUUUCUAAUAACGGAACGCAAACGACACUGCACAAUAAAACAAAAUAAAAUAGAAAACAGAGAGAAUAGAAUUUCUCAGCUUCCAAACAGAUCUCCGUUCCGUUGGUCCCGCCGGCGGUAACUAUCUUCCGAUGGCUCCGAUUCCGUCCGAGAAUGGCGUCGAAGGAGAUGACGAGAGAGAAGAAGAAGAAGAAGAGGAGGAGGAGGGGGACGAAGAAGAAGACGAAGAAGCAGAAGAAGGAGAAGAGGAAGAUGACGAAGAGGAGCCAAGGCUCAAGUACCAGAGAAUGGGAGGAAGUAUACCUGCGCUGCUAUCUAGCGACGCAGCUUCUUGCAUCGCCGUCGCGGAACGCAUGAUCGCACUCGGUACUCACGACGGCAUUGUCUACAUCCUCGAUUUCCUCGGCAACCAGGUGAAAGAGUUCCCUGCUCAUUCUGCUGUUGUUAACGACCUUAGCUUUGAUUUAGAGGGUGAGUAUAUUGGAAGCUGUUCCGAUGAUGGAUCAGUUGUUAUUUGCGGUCUUUUUUCCGAUGAGAAAACGAAGUUCGAGUAUCAUCGGCCGAUGAAAGCGAUUGCCUUGGAUCCUGAUUACACAAGGAAUGCCUCUAGGAGAUUUGUUGCAGGUGGUUUAGCUGGGAAUUUGUAUUUGAAUUCGAAGACAUGGUUAGGCUAUCGUGACCAGGUUUUGCACUCUGGGGAAGGUCCAAUACAUGCAGUGAAGUGGCGAACCAGUCUUGUUGCUUGGGCAAACAACACAGGAGUGAAGGUUUAUGAUACUGCCAAUAACCAGCGGGUAACAUUUAUUGAAAGGCCAAGAGAUAGCCCCAGGCCUGAGCUUUUGCUUCCUCACUUGGUUUGGCAGAGUGACACCCUCUUGGUUAUUGGCUGGGGAACUACUGUCAAAAUUGCUUCAAUAAGAACAAACCGCUAUCAAGUAGCCAAUGGGACAUACAGAAAUUUUCCUUUGUCUAGUAUGAGCCAGGUGGACAUUGUGGCAUCAUUUCAAACUAGCUAUUUGAUGAUCACUGAAACCAUCAAUUUCAUCUCAAGAAUUGCCCCCUUUGAUGAUGCUCUGGUUGUUCUGGCGUAUGUUCCUGGAGAAGAUGGAGAAAAGGACUUUAGUAGCACUGCUCCUUCUCGGCAGGGCAAUGCUCAAAGACCAGAGGUUCGAAUAGUAACAUGGAACAAUGAUGAACUUUCAACAGAUGCUCUACCAGUACACGGCUUUGAGCAUUACAAGCCAAAGGACUAUUCUCUUGCUCAUGCUCCCUUCUCAGGUAGCAGUAAUGCUGGUGGUCAGUGGGCUGCAGGUGAUGAACCACUUUAUUAUAUUGUGUCCCCAAAGGAUGUAGUUAUUGCAAAGCCAAGGGAUACUGAAGAUCAUAUUACUUGGCUUCUUCAACAUGGGUGGCAUGAAAAAGCUUUGGCUGUAGUUGAAUCAAGUCAUGGGAGAAGUGAACUUCUUGAUGAGGUGGGAUCUAGAUACCUUGAUCAUUUGAUAGUGGAAAGAAAAUAUUCUGAAGCAGCUUCAUUGUGUCCCAAGUUGCUUCGAGGGUCAGCCUCAGCUUGGGAAAGAUGGGUUUUCCACUUUGCUCACCUUCGUCAACUCCCUGUUUUGGUUCCUUACAUGCCUACAGAAAAUCCUAGACUGCGUGAUUCUGCCUAUGAGGUUGCUCUAAAUGCAUUGGCUACAAAUCCUUCCUUUCAUAAGGAUCUCUUGUCCACUAUUAAGUCCUGGCCACCUGUAAUUUAUUCUGCACUAUCUGUUAUUUCAGCUAUUGAACCUCAGCUUAAAACUUCAUCCAUGACUGAACCACUCAAGGAGGCAUUAGCAGAAUUGUAUGUAAUUAAUGGGCAACAUGAGAAAGCUGUUGCUUUGUAUGCUGAUCUUAUGAAGCCAGAAGUAUUUGACUUCAUUGAUAAACAUAAACUGCAUGGUGCAAUUCGUGAGAAGGUUUUCCAACUAAUGAUGAUUGAUUGCAAGCGUGCUGUUCCUCUGUUAAUCCAAGCUAAAAACUUAAUAAGCUCUCCUGAAGUUGUGAAGCAACUUCAAAAUGCUGAUAAUGAGUCUGACUCAAGAUACUUCUUGCAUUUAUAUCUCCAUUCAUUAUUUGAAGUUAAUCCACAUGCUGGGAGGGACUUUCAUGAUAUGCAGGAUUCCUUGACAGCCCUGAAGGAAAAACUUCAAAGAACUGUAUACCGCCUGACCUUGGUGAAAGGUUGGAACACUGAAGAUAUUGAUGCUUAUUACGAGCUCAUUAGUAUCGGAGAACCUGACUUUGUUGAAAUCAAGGGAGUUACAUAUUGUGGCUCCUCUGCCACAUCAAAAUUGACGAUGGAAAAUGUGCCUUGGCAUGCCUAUGUGAAAGCUUUUUCGGAGGCCCUUGCUCUGAAAAGCCAAGGGGAGUAUGAAGUUGCUUGUGAACAUGCUCAUUCAUGUUGUGUUCUCUUAGCAAAGAUUAAGAAGUUCAAGAUUGAUGGCAAGUGGUAUACAUGGAUAGACUAUGAUAAAUUUCAUGACCUGGUAGGUGUCAGGGAGCCCGUAUACAUAGGUUAAGCAACCUUGGCAGUGUAUUUAGCCUUAAUACCUUAAAUGUCACAAUAUAGAGUCCUGCACUAGUGAUGUUUUUGAAAUUGAGAUUGGAAUGAUAUGUUGAGCUUUCCCAUUUUUGCCCCUUCUGAUUUUCUCCACUCACUCAUUUUCUUAGAUUCCAAAUUCAUAGGUGAUGUUUUUAGUUUUGAUAUAUUACUAUUAUCACACAUUAGUGGUAACCUAUAUCACUUGCAGUUAAUGACUGUAUUUAUGUCUUGUAUCCAAAUUUUACCACUUUAUUAUAUUAUUUGAAACCACAUUGGUAUAGAAUGCUUUUUCAAUU